AUGGUAUUUUUUUCAAUCACCUGCAUUCUUUUGUCACUGCUAGUCGCGUCGCUAUCCCAUGCAUCCCCUGUUUCACGGGAGUUCUCGAGCUCGGGACUAUCACUUCCAUCGCUAGACUCCAAAAGUUGGCUGUGCCGUCUCGUCCACACGACACGGGCUCAAAAACUUUGCCUACGAGAAGAGUCGACUGCAAUAUCCGUUAAUACCCCCCUGGGCGCCGCGCAGGGUGUAGUCAAUGUCUCGGGUGUUAGCAGGUUUGCUGCGAAGUAUGCUUCCGCAAAACGCUGGUCCCCGUCUACUGUUGUAACUGCAUGGGCACUCCCCAAUGGUUCUACGAAUGUUUCGGCGCUGCCGCUCAUGUGCCCGCAACCAUUUGUGGAUAACUCCACGUUUACCGAGGAUUGCAUGUCGAUGAUUCUUCAUGUUCCUACCACCUUACAUGCCGACAGCUGUGUGCCCACUUUGAUGUGGGUUCAUGGAGGUUCCUUUAUGGUCGGAUCCGCCACAAAUCCUGGCCUAGAUGGAUCCGCACUGGCACUUGCCACCGAUUCGAUCGUUGCGGUCAUUCAAUACCGCCUGGGAGCUCUUGGCUUCGUUGCUCCCAACAAUCAGACUAACCUUGGUCUGGGAGAUGUUGUAAAUGCUCUCAAAUUUUUGACGACUGUGCUUCCUAGCUUCGGCGGUGACCCGAGCAAGAUCACUGUGGCCGGUCAAAGCAGUGGUGCGAAUUUGAUUCGUGCCCUUCUUGCUGUGCCUUCUGCACAGUCACUAUUUCAAUCUGCGAUUUUGCAAUCUGACCCUAUGGACUAUGGCUUCCUGUCAUCAUUUGAUCAGGUUCAACUUCAGCAGUUUUUCGUGUCAAAUCUUGGCUGUACUGCGACCGACUUAGCAUGUCUAAAUGCUUUAACCGCGGAUAAUAUCGUCAAUGGUGCCGGUCUUUGGCAAUUCAACAGCUCUGUUUCCGUCGUUCCAGCCGCGACACAAGCGGCGCCAAUGCGUGUUGUAGAUGACGGCACCUUUAUCACUUCGACCUUAGAUUCAACUUCGCCAUUCCCCCGGGUUUCCAAGCCCAUCUUGCUUUCUAAUGUUCUUCACGAGGGAGGCUAUACAAUUUACCGCUCAUUUUCUAGCCCCGUACCCGAAACUGAGUACGUUGCUAUUGUCAACGCCUCGUUCGGCGAGACACGCUACGAGACCCUCGUGGGCUCGCAAAGCUAUGCCGUAGAGACUGCUCAAAAUGAUGACUACCGUCCUCAGCUGCAAGUGCUCGCCACAGAUUCGAUCUGGCAAUGUGCGACAUGGACUUUCGCGCGAAAUUGGGUUUCUAAUGGUGGCACUGCAUACGUCGGAUUGUACUCCCUUGGCGCUAGCUACCCCGGUAACUCCGCUGUCUCUUUCUGCACCGAGCCGGGCGUUGUUUGUCAUCAAGAUGAUAUCGAGAUAGUUUUUGGCACUGCUCUUGAUCCUGACUCGGCCCAGUCAGCGCUGAUUAUUGAAAUGCAAGCCCGUUACAAGUCUUUCUUGUAUAGCGGGAAUCCAAACGCUGAUGAUUCAUCAUUUGCAAAUUGGGAAGCGGCUGGCGCAUCUGACGUCAAUGCCAUUAUGCUCGGUAGCACCGGCGAUGCUCCUGUUGGCGCUUGCACACCAUCUUUUUGGGGUCAAAGUGUCGCAUACGAUUAUCAGGUAUUCGAUAUCUAG